AUGCGACACGCGCGCGCCACGCUUCCAACGCCCACAUCUACCAAUUCUUUCUGGCACAGCGAGCCAAAUGAAUUUCUCAUCGGUCAUCACACAACGGAGGAGCUACCCGCCGAGGCUGAUAUAGUCAUUGUUGGAAGUGGUAUCACAGGUACAUCUGCGGCAAGAUUUCUCGCGGAAGAUGAAAGGGCAAAUGGCAAAACGAUUGUGAUGUUAGAGGCGCGAGAGGCAUGCUGGGGCGCUACAGGCAGGAACGGCGGUCAUUGCCAGCCCUUGCUUUGGGAUCGUGGCGCCGAGAUCGCUCUCUUCGAGCUCAAGAACGUUCAUACCGUCCGCUCAUACAUCGAGGAACAUAACGUGCCCUGCGAAUGGCGAACUGUGUCCGGCUGCCGCCAAUUUUGGACCGAGGAAGUGUUGGCCGAAGCAGAGAAAGAAAUCGCACAUCUCGAGUCAACUGCCCCAGAGCUUGCCAAGCAAGUCCGGAUAAUCAAAGAUAAGGAGGAGCUGAAGGAACACCGCGUCAAUCCCGACUGCUUCGGUGCGUCUCUAACAACAGGAGCCGGGAGCUUAUGGCCCUACAAGCUCGUUACCUUCAUAUUAGAAAAGCUGGUCAAGGAGGGCCGCCUAAAUCUCCAAACCAAAACUCCCGUUACAGAGAUCACUUCCCAAGGGAAAUCGCAUACCCUCCAUACACCACGCGGCGCCAUCACCGCUUCCACCGUGAUCCUCGCAACCAAUGGCUACACCUCCGCUAUCCUUCCCCACUUCGCCGACCUCAUCGUACCUGUCCGCGGCGAAAUGAGCGCCCUCUUCCCACCGGAAAAGUCAUCCAUUCUACCCGAUUCCUACGGCAUGAUCGCCGCUCUCGGCCAACCAGCGAACAAUGACGACUACCUGAUACAGCGCCCGUAUAGCGGCGUGCCGAAUCCUGCUGGGCACUUGAUGUUCGGCGGCGGCCGCGGAAUGGGAAAGCUACCCUCGAUCGGUGUGUCAGACGACACAAUUAUCGACCCGGACACGGCAGCAUAUCUGCGCGGCGCGCUGCUGAAGGUUAUGGAACUGCCAGGUGAGACGGAAGGGGUGAAAGAGUUGAAGGCUGCGGGUGAGUGGACGGGGAUCAUGGGGUAUUCGAGAGAUGACCAUCCUUGGGUGGGUAAAGUGCCUGGGAAGGACGGCUUGUGGCUUUCUGGUGGGUAUACGGGACAUGGAAUGCCCAAUGGGACGUUGUGUGGAAAGGCGGUCGUGGACAUGGUGCUUGGAGAAGCUGCUGGGACUGACAUCACAAAGGUGCAGGCCCAGAUGGUCGAGAAGGGCGAUAUACCCCAGAGCUACCUCAUUACGCCGGAGAGACUUACGAAAGCUCGAUUGUGGCCGACUGUGGAGCAGCAAGAUCAGGGAGGUGUGCAUAUGAAUGGUUUGGUGUAA